AAGUUGCUUACUUUAGUUGGAUUACUUUCUUCCAAACUUUUGCCUUUCACACAAAAAAUAAUGUAACGAUUAUUAAAACAAAUGGAAUCACCCUAUGUAGGUCGCGAUGAGCGAAUGAAAAUGGGACAUCUAUUGAAGGUAAAGAAUACGAAAGUGCUCCACUUAUAAUUGUAUGCUUCUAUAUAUGUACUACAUAUUCCAUCCUCCUUUCUUUCUGGUAGAGGCGACAUGAGAGCUACAAACAAAUCUGCAGCUACCAUGAUCUCCAGAGCAUUCUUUCUGUUCUUAGUCUUCAUGGCUGCAGCAUCAUUUGCUCUUGCAGAGAAGAAAACAUUCAUAGUUCACAUGGACCACACAAAGAUGAAGGCCUCAAAUCCCCAACAAUGGUACCAAGAUUUGAUGGACUCCGUCUACGACCCAUCAAUUGACGAGGAGGAAGAAGACGACACAACCCCACCUGACCUCCUUUACUCCUAUGAAAAUGCUUUUUCUGGUUUUGCAGCAAAGCUUUCCACCAAACAACUCGAGUCCUUGAAGAAAAUGAAUGGCUUUCUCUAUGCCACUCCUGAUAGAAUGCUAAGCCUCCACACCACCCACACUCCUCAGUUCCUUGGCCUUCAAUCUGCCAAGGGACUAUGGAGUGCCUCCAACUUAUCUUCCGACGUGGUGAUUGGAGUGCUUGAUUCUGGAAUUUGGCCUGAACACAACAGUUUCCAUGACUCGGGCAUGCCUCCAGUGCCUGCUAAAUGGAAAGGCAAAUGCGAGAUGGGAAAAAAGUUUUCACCAUCAAAUUGCAACAAGAAGCUAAUUGGUGCAAGAUAUUACUACAAAGGGUAUGAAGCAGCUUACGGAGAAAUUAAUCAAACAAUUGAUUUCUUGUCCCCUCGAGAUAAAAAUGGCCAUGGGACACACACCGCCUCAACUGCAGGAGGCAGUGUUGUAGACAAGGCAAGUUUAUUUAGCUUCGCGAGUGGCUCAGCAAGUGGUAUGAUGUACACAUCAAGAAUUGCUGUUUACAAAGUUCUGUGGGAAAAAGGUCGUGGUGCAACUGCUGAUUUACUGGCAGCUAUUGAUCAAGCUGUUGCCGAUGGUGUCGAUGUACUCUCUCUCUCUUUGGGAGGAGCCGCUGAGCCUUAUUAUUUAGAUGUUGUUGCCAUAGCUGCAUUUGGGGCCAUCCAAAAAGGGAUUUCUGUUGUAUGUGCUGCAGGCAAUGAGGGCCCAUCUUUUUUCACUGUAGCCAAUACUGCGCCGUGGCUCAUGACAAUUGCAGCUAGUUAUCUAGAUAGGAGCUUCCCAGCAACCGUCAAGCUUGGAAAUGGCCUAUCGUUUCAAGGUUCAUCACUAUCUCAAAGCCACGCAACCAAGCACUUACGUCUUGUGUAUGGAAAGACAGCAGGUGGUGAAGGAGCGGAUUAUUGUAUUCCUGGAUCACUCGAUCACAAUCUUGUCAAAGGAAAGAUUGUAGUGUGCCAACAUGGAAACCAUGGCCGAGUCGCUAUUGGAGAGCAAGUCAAAGUAGCAGGAGGAGCUGGAAUGUUGCUACUCAAUACUGAAUCCCAAGGCGAAGAACUCUUUGCUGAUCCACACGUUUUACCAGCCAUUGCUUUAGGUGUCUCAAAAGGUAAAGCCAUAAUUAAAUAUUUAAACUCAUCCGAAAAACCAACAGCAUCCAUUACCUUCGAGGGGACUCUGCAUGGAACUCGUGCACCGAUGAUGGCAGCAUUUUCAUCAAGAGGACCAAAUAAAGUUGACCUUAAUGUGAUUAAGCCAGAUGUGACUGCACCAGGGGCAAACAUCUUAGCUGCUUGGCCACCCAUAGUAAGCCCAAGUAUGCUCACGAGUGAUAAAAGAAGUGUUAAGUUUAAUAUCAUUUCAGGCACCUCAAUGUCGUGCCCCCAUGUCAGCGGCCUAGUUGCACUACUCACGUCAGUUCAUAAAAAUUGGUCUCCUGCUGCGAUUAAAUCAGCGCUCAUGACAACUGCCUACACUAUGGACAACAAGAAGGCUCCAAUUGUUGAUGUUGCGAAUUAUUUUGAUCCAGCAACAGCUUUCGAACUUGGUUCAGGCCACGUUAAUCCCGUGGCUGCUGUUGAUCCAGGGCUUGUCUAUGAUAUUACUGCUGAAGAUUAUCUACUCUAUCUAUGUAGCCUAAAAUACACCUCUUAUCAGAUCGCUGCAAUAUCAAGGGGCAGUUUUUCAUGUCCAGAAAAGUUUUCUCCUCAACCUGGUGACCUCAAUUACCCUUCAUUUGCAGUGAAUUUUGAAGGUAAAGCAAAAAAUGUCAGCUUCACGUACAAGCGAACAUUGACUAAUGUUGGGACACCCAAGAGUAGUUACAUGGUGCACCUGGAUGAACCUAAUGGAGUUGCUGUAGCUGUAAACCCCAAGAUAUUGAAGUUCGAAAAGUUGGGAUAGAAAUUGAGCUACAAAGUUACCUUUGUUGGACACAAAACCACGGAAAAUCCGACAUUCGGUUCUCUAGUGUGGGUGUCUGGAAAAUAUGCGGUUAGAAGUCCAAUUGCAACAAUCUGGCAGUAGUUAUCUAACAAUGUUGCACUUGUUAAGCUGCAUGAUUUUAAAUAAGAGAGCAAAAUAUUGUUGCUGAAUGCUAUCUGAAAAU